CUCCACCCCUUCUACACCACCCCCCUCCUCUCCCCCCUCCUCUUCGACAACACCGACUCCUCCGCCCGCGACCACCUCGCCGCCGAACGCACUUUUCUCUCCUGGCUGCGCUUGGCAAUCUACAUGUCCGUCGUGGCGACCGCGAUUCUCAUUUCUUUCCAUCUCAAACAUCAACCUUCCCCGACGGAGAGGAAGAUUGCGCUGCCGUUGGGAGUGGUGUUUUGGGUGCUCGCGUUGGGGUGUCUUGGAGCCGGGGUGGGGAAUUAUGUGAAGACUGUGGAGGGGUAUGCGAGACGGGAGGCGGUGGUGCAGAGUGGUUGGGGGACGCAGGUGGUGUUUACGGUUGUCGCGGCGGCGAUUGUGGCGGCUUGUGUUUUGUUCUUGUCCAUGGAGGUGGAGAGGUCUUCUUGA